UCUUACGCAAAUGAACCUUAUACGCUAUGUGAGUGCCGGGAGAGAAGCUUGACACUAGAAACCUAAAGGAGAGAGUCCCAAAACAGAGACUGUCUGUUGUGGACAUUAUUGACCACUAUGGCUUCCACCCCUUCAGCCUCCGCCUUGACUGCUGUUCUCCGGUGCCGGGGAAAUAUCUGGACCAGGAAUCCGCCGACCAAGCGGCCUGCCACCUCUGCGUACAGCCUCGGACUGGCCGGCGGGGCUGUGCGUGACUUGCCAGAUGAGCGCUCCCGGUCACACAAGGCACCAACGUGGGAGACGUUUCUCCAAGGAGAGCGUAUUGUGGUUGGAAGACGACUCACUGUAACUCAUAAUUCGUCCCGAGUGGAUGCGAAAAUAUUGAGAGAGAAAGAUUCAAUGGAGAGAAAUACAUUUUGUCAUCCAAAACUUUCGCAAUCAAGAGCGCAUGCCACACUGGACGUGCACUCAGCUGCGUGUGAUGCCCAAAACGCACCGGUGCGUCAGCUGGCGCUUAAACUGAUAUCUAACCUGCCUGGAACAGAUGCAUGCUCUCAAAUAGUUCAAAUGAUUAAAUGUGAAAAGUAUGCCGCGCACAUCUGUAAAAUAGUAUUUGUUCAGGAGAUAAAUGACUUCCCAAAAGACAUUUUAAAGGUGUCCAUAACUUCUUCAUGUUUGAUGGAAAACUCGGGACAAAUACCCUCUUUCGUGUUAACUGGUUGGUCGUCAGUGAAGAGCACCUGCUUAUCUUUGACUACUCUUGUGUCAGAAAUUAUGUUUCGCAAGCUGGCGGUGUUGUGUAGGUCCAGCUGCACCCCUGAUGGUGCACCAGAGCAUCUAUUGCACCGACAGGAUGCGAAAAACCUCCAAAACGACGCCCUGCAGGCAAAUGGACAAAUCCACAGUCCCACAGACCUCAACUCCUCCAAGGUCUCUGUACAAAAGAUCACAGAGGACAGACCUGACUGAGAGUCCAAGGCCUCAGCACCAAAAAUACACACUGUGAUCAAACCUAAUUUAUUGACUUUUACCUUUCUUUCAUGAUACACAACACACACAUGGACUUCAACCCAGCGAUUAAGAAAACAACAGGCUGUUUUUAGAGCAGCUUUUGCUCUACUUUAGAAAAAGUAGGCUACUGAAACAAGAAGAGUCAUGUGAAAUAGCAUUGUUUGUAGUCCUAGUCUAGGUUGCGUGGUGGGUAGUGAAAUAUUGGCAAUACAUUUCAUCUUUGAGCUUAUCCUGUAUGUUUUGCACAAAGGCCUAUUUUCGCAAAA